AUGGGUAAAUGGAAGCACGUCGAUCAGCCAGCGUCUUCCACUGCGACUUUUGUCGUCGCUGCCGAGAUCAUGUCGCGGCCAUCUUUGGCAGGGGAGCAAAGGACGGAAAGCAGAUACGCCUUUGCGAUGACGGAGGGUCGGGUGGAAGAGACGGAUUGGAUGUCAGAUGGCAGCGACACAUUUCCACUCACCGCAGAGGCUCUGCGGGGCUUUGGACUUGCAUCUACAAAUGAGUCUGAGGACCUACACAGGAUAAACACGCCGCUGCGGGGGUCGAAUGACGAGAAUGAAAAGCCUUCUCCACUCGCACUGUAUGGUUCAAAUCCCAAGCAACAUGAGGAUGAGCAAACUCCCCGACCAUCGCACACGCCGCAUGUACCCACUUCGUCUUCCGUCAAGUAUCGAACGCCUUACAAUCCGUGGAGGAUAACCAAAGGAGCUGAAACAUCGCCCGCCACGGAUACGCCGAUAAAGCCAAGACUACUGGCAUUCUCCUCAAGCACAAGCGAUUCGAUAAAGUCUCUAUUUACGCCAAGUACCACUAGAGGCGACUCUGUCCUAACCUGGUCUCCGUCAAUGGAAACGCCGUCCCCUGGGGUGGAUAAGCGGAAACAAACACCGGGGGAUAUUGCGAAAGGAUUGCGCAACCAUACACUAGCUAGUGCUGCCGGGGUUCGCGACGACAGGUCACCUAUUAUCUGGAAGGUCGCUCGGGGUGGAUCAUCAUCUAUCUCACCAUAUCAAGCUCGGCUCUUUGGGAAGGAAUCAGGACAUCUGAAUUCCGGAGCAUCGACCAUUGGUGACCAUUCCUUGGGCCAAGAUCCCUCAACCUUCAAAGAUGUGAAGAAUGUGAUGGAAGGGACUGGGAGCGUACGGCGUAGAGAACUGCAUGCUAUACAGGACAUUUUACCCCCCGAAAAGCCCGACGACGAGGUUGUUAGCCCUGCUGUUUUAUCGAGCUUUUUCGAACAGACCAAAAGAAGCACCCUUAACAUGUCUCAAAACCAUACCCAUAGCAUUGAUAAUGCCUUCGACGUCAAGCCAUCGAUUUCUUACUGUGCUACUACCGCGAAAUCUAUCAGGGAUGGCAGGGGUGACGAUAAUGCCAGAGCUAAAAGAAUACUCUUGCAACAAUCGCAGUCGCUUCGAAACGCCACCGAUCAGAAUAAUUCCCGUCCCGGAGUCGAAGUGCCCUUCGCGGCAAAGAGAUUGAGGAAGGAAGGCUAUAGACGUGCAUCGAGUAUUCACGGAGGAAAGACGGGCAUGGUAAGGCAACGGCGUAGGUCCGUAACCCCGGAAUUAGAUACUCCCAAACACCGCGCGGAUAGACAGCUGGCUCCGCGGGAGCAUUUCGCAACGACAGCGAAACGAAAGAGAACGUUAAGGAUCCUAGCCGACGGUACGAAUAAUCUUCAGCAUGUACAACCGGAGAAAACACCUAGUAUGCGGACGGAGAAACGGCAAAGACGGGCGACAUUUGAAGGUGCUUUGAAGUAUCAUCGGAGUCGAUCUCCAAUCAAACAGCAGGAGAGGUAUUGUGCGCCAGCAUGGGAGGAAACAUCUGGCGCUACAGCAUAUGGUGCUACACGUGGUCUUGGAGAGAGCCGAGGAGCGAACAAGCGGGAAGAGAGCACUACGAGACCGCCAGAUACGUCCUCUAUUACCCAGACGAGGACCGGCGUGGAACUGCUACACAGCAAGGCCAGAAAAAGACAAACUCGUAGCCAUUCACACUCGCCAACUGUUGAUGUGAUGAGAAAUAGCGAAGAUCAUUUCCUGCCUCGGUCGCUGGUGUCGACACGGGAGGACGUCGAUGGCCACGUCACUCUAUGUCGCGAUCGAACGAACGGGCGUACCAGUUCGGCAACCAUCCACACAACUGAAAGUAUAAGCAGUUCAUCUGAUGACGAGCCGUUGGAACGAAGGCGAAUGCGAAUUUCAAGCACCACGCAGAAGAGAAACGAAAGUGUGAACUUAUUUUCUUCGUCGCCAUUGUCUAGCGUGUCCAACAUUGACUUAUCCCCCUCGUCGAGUGAGGCGUCCUUCGCUGACGUGUCCAUCAUGGAUCCUGUACCCCCGGCGUCACCUACACCAUGCCGGUCCCAAAGACUCUAUCGGCCGUCAGAUCAAUCGCAUACCCCAGUAAGCAUUGGCGCGACUGAUCACGGAGCUUCGUCAGACUUUGUCGACACUAGCCAUCUCGUUACAUUCGCUACAAAUCUGCAGCACAGCGUACCCACCCCACAGGCGUCUGCUGAGUCUUCACGGCGGCGUUCUAAGGAGUCUCCGUCACUUUCCUCCCCCCUACAUCGUGGGGAUGCCGCGACAGACUCGUCAUAUCGCAAUGAUCUCUCACCCCCACGAUUUCCAGGAUUUUCAUUAGACGCAGAUGAUGAAGACUCCGACGCCACGACCGACGACGGACUUGGAAUGACUAUGCAUUCUGUUUCGAUACUCGAUGAAAGGGAGUGUUUGGGUAGUCAGCAGCUCCUUUUCGACUUGGCCGUUUCACAGGCGGAAAAAGAGCCUCAGAUACCUUGCCAGUUACCACAGGACGUUGUAAAUGGCAAUCUCUGUGAAGAUCCUAAUAGCUUUGACGGGCAUGGAUCAUUGCUGGGCGGUGGAGACUCUCAGGGUGGUCUUCUGAUGGACACCCCGGAGACACAUACAGCGUCACCCCUUGCAGAAGGUGGAUCUGAUUCAAAGUGUGUAACUUACGAUCAUGGGAUGGUCCAUUCCUGUAAAGUACAAAGGAUGAAUAGCCCCCAGUCGCCCGCCUUUUUGAUGGGUCCAGAGCAUCUGCAGCAAGAGGAGCGGGAGACAUGUAAUUCAGAUGGAAACGAAACUCAGGCGACGAUCAAAGUUGAGGCGCAAAGUAGCCCGCGAGCAGAUGAGGCUGGUGACCAACGUUCGUCUAGCUGGUCGGUGUGCGGGGACUUGAACCAUGAACGCACUCGAAGUUUAGAACUUGAUCGAUAUGAGAUCAAUCACAAGUUCGCCUUAGAGCAACUGAAAUGUGAUGAGAACGACACCGAGGCAACGACAUGUGCUGAAACUUCGAAUGAGAGCAUCUCACCGUUCCUUAGAACGACUUGCAACAGUUCGCUGGAAAACACGCAAAAAAGGAUAGACGUACUCUUGAGAAAUGAGAAUUCAUCGUUGGCUGCAGAAGAGAGGCUUGCAAAUUCAAAUGUUCAAGGGCCACCCGCCCAUGAAAGCCAAGACAGGAUGCGAAACGUGAUAUAUAACCCGUUCCAAGCCGGAGGUCAGGAUGAUGUGGCUUCCUCUCCGGUGAUUGACGCGGAGAGUCCCAGACCCUUUCCAGCAAUAAAUACUAGCGCCAGCCGCGCAAGCCUCACAAUUGAUGAGGCGGAUAUCGUCGAUACCAGUGAUCAUGGAGAGUUUUUCCAGAGCUUGGUGGAGGCUCAUGCUGUAGCUGAACAAGGGGAACUGGCCAUCACUGAUACAGACGAUAUUGGCAUACAACAGUCGAAAGGAAAAUCCCCAGAGGUCUUACCUGCAUGCCAUGACAUCUCUGCCCAAACGGUUGUGAUAAGGAGUGAGCUGGCUGAAAUGAAACCGUCCCAGGAGAAUCAUAUAAGGGAAGCCGACAGAAUCGCAGUUGAGCGAAAUCUGUGUCAUAUGGACGGAAUGCAAACAAAUGCGCAUGGCUACCAAGAGCAGCGGAUCGUCGAAGUCGAGCGUCACCAGAAACGCACUCCCUGCGAAGAGACUAACAAGAUUGAUCACGGCAUGAUACCCGAACCUUCUCAAUACAGUUGGAGAGACGAUUAUCCUGAUUUCGAAUUUGAUCAGCCUAUCCCUGAGGCUGUGCAUCAUGCGAAGCAGUUCAAUAAGCAUAGUUCGGAGGGCGGUCGUGCCACUCCCCCAGAAAACCCGGAGGGGACGGUUCGGAAUGUAAAUCCGACUGACGGCACAUCGGAACUUCACAUCACAGUGGAUUCGAAGGUCCCACUUGAGUCUCAGGAGUAUGAUUUUGAAGAACCCGAGAUUACUCCCAGUCUUCUACAAGUCCUAGACCAGGAGAUAUCACAUUAUGAGACUGCAAAUCCUCCAUGCAUUCAGUCGUCAGUCCUGCCCGAUACUUCUAAGCAAGGCGAAAUGACCAGAUUUCAAACGGCGUCAGGGAAGGCGGUCAUCAUCGCCCCAGAAGUUAUGGAGGCAUCUCGAAGAUUGGUGGCAGAGGAAGACGACCAAAACAAUGCUGGGCGUCUCAGACAGCCUAAUCCAGACAUGCUCCGUUAUGGUAAACGUAGCUCAGGGAACGACUAUUCACUCACGCCAAAAUCCCUAGUGGAUCUACAGCUGGAUGCGAUGUUACGCAAAUCCCACUUGGGUCGUGCCUCAUUUCACGGUCACUCAUCUGGCCGAAUCUCAGUCGCCAAUCCUGGAAAAUCUGCCCCAACCAACGAUGGCGGGGUCCCUCACAAUCCCCGUGGCACUCCCGAUGAGAGUACAUAUGACGCGGGAGAAGAUAUGCAACUCAACCCCGAAAUCAAUCAAAACAAUGCCGCGUCUAUUCUUCACGAGGCCGCCUUUGACACAUCUCAUCUAAACAUGAGACAUAACCCAGGUCAGUCCAUAGACAUGAUUACGGAUGCUCCAGGCCACCUGCGGUCACUUCGCCAGGAUCCCUUAGUAUACAGAGGAUUUAACAUGAGCGACCAACAUAUGUCUCCAUCGGCCGUCUUGACCAUAUCAAAUGACAUGAUAAAGGAGAGAUUGGAAGUGGAGCCACCUACAAAGUGCAUCAUCACUGAGCGAGCACCAAGGUCGUCGUCAAAUUCGAUUAAUACGGUGGACCUAACGAAGAUCCGUGAGGGCGGCGACGGUAUCGAUCGAAUCUCGGCAGAUGACAGUCUGAUCGACCAUCACCCAUCUCCGUCGUUGGUACAUGACUCCACACCUUUGAACGAGUUUGAUCAGAUAUCCUCAGGAUUGGCGCCGGAGAAAGGCUUGAGUAUCGGUGACAACUUUGUCGAGUUCGCAGGUUUCAAGGCAGCCUCAGGGAAAGUUCUACCGAACGUUUCCAAGGAGGCAGUUGCGCGUGCGAAGCGGAUAUUGUCAACCGAGGAGCGCCAACCAAGGUCAACAGAAACUGUCAACGCUAUGCAAUCAGAAGACUUGAUGGGAUGCAGCUUCGAGACGUGCUUACCACAUGUAUCCCAAGCGGCACACGAUCGCGCGAAACAACUACUAUCAAACGGCGACGCUUCACUAGGUACCUCUGCCCCUGAAAAUCCGUUAAUAGAUGAUAAACCACAAGUAAAAAAUCAUGGCGGUUUUACUACGGGUUCGGGGCAGAGUUUACCAAUAAUUUCAAAGGCAUCAAUUGACCGGGCAAGACGAUUCCUAUCCGAGAAUGCGUUCAAAGAAGAAGGUCCCAGGAUUUCAACCGGACUUAUAGUGGACAAGCCUGCUACUAUGGGCUUUCCAGGUUUCAUGUCGGGCGCUGGCAAGACUUUACCCAAGAUUUCUAGGGCUGCCAUGGAUCGGGCUAAUUGCAUCUUGUCGAAUGACGUAGGAAUCCCCCCAUUCAAAGACGACGAGGUCGGUGACCACGGCAAUACCGCUGGCAAUUGUGUGUCUCCUAUGACGAAUUCCGCUUCGUGCAAAGCGACUCGACAACCGGAGUGUCCCUCUCAUCUGGGAGCAGGUGAAAGAGAUGACUUGACCGACAUGUCGUAUGAAGGAGGCUUCGGUUCUUUUAAAACCGGAGGUGGAAAGGAACUUCCUGCUUUGUCGAAGGCGGCUCUCGAAAAGGCGCAUUUAUUAUGGCAACAGGACGAGUCUUCAAUAAAUACGCUGGAGCUCCCUGUCCAGCAGAAAGAGAAGCCAUUAAUUGACGACGUGCAUCAGCCGGUUGUGUCACCGAGUACGAAUCAAGUGGAAGUCAAAGGUUCACCUCCAAGUGGAGCUUUCGUGGGAUUUGCCACGGGACGAGGAAAAGCAUUGCGGCCGGUGUCAGGGAGUGCGCUGAAGAAGGCGAUGUCACUUCUGGAGCAUGAGAAGCAUCCAACGCCAUUUGACGAGCCCGCAAGUACGAUAACAGGAGGUUUUACUUCUGGGGGCGGAAAAUCACUGCCUCCCGUGUCAGCAGCGGCCCUCAAAAAGGCGGGUGCAUUAUUGGGUGAUGAUACAGAUAUGAGUUCACGAAGCACAUAUCCGGAAUCGAGGGGCGGUGGUUUUGGAGGCUUCACUUCUGGUAGAGGAAAGGCAUUGCCAUCUGUAUCAAGUGACUCUCUGGCCAAGGCAAGAGCGCUAUGGGUCGAUAAUGAUGCAUUGCCGUCUGAUUCACACGCAACACGUGGAAGCGUUACCCCUGGGAGUGGUAGUGGGAAGGAAUUGCGAAGGAGCGCAAGUAGUGUUUUGGAAACGGUCACUGGUCUUUGGGAGGGCGAAGCAAAGGCGGAUUCGGUGGGUGCACUAACCUCUGCUAAAUUGCCCUCAGGGAUGUCAAUUGCAGAGCACACGCCGGAAGCCAGCAUUUCCAAGGUUAAUACUACCCCAAACGCACGGGUAUCUCACACUGGGCGUGACGGGGCGGCCUCAGAAGCUGGUCAACAAUCUGAAGCUCAACGUCAUGACGUACGCAAUGGUGUCACCUCAAGGUCGGAAAGGAAACCGGAGCGGACGCCAAUGAAGCAAGGACCAGCUCCACAGCGGUUAGCUAACACUACUCCUGGCGGUGGAUUCGCAAAAGUAUUUCGUAUGCCAGGGUUACGAGGUCCUAGUACUCCAACCACACCCACUCCAACUGGAUUCAAGCGCCAGAAAGGCUUCACGAGCCCUUUCGGCACCGCUGCGAAUUUGAAAACCCCCAAAAGAAAAACUCUGCAUCCAGCUGCGAGAAUUAGAUCAACCGAGAAUUCUCCUUCGUCUAGCCACGGACCAUUGCGACCUGUCGAAACGCCGAUUGCUGAGAAAGCGCAACCGUUAGAGCUUUUCAGCCUCUCAACAGUGGAAGAUCGUAAGACGUUGAGGGAAACGUUCAAUUCUGAAUGGCGAACCCAAACCGUCGAUCAACUGCGGGAUCUGGGAAUCACUGAAUGUAUUCUGGCGAUGGACCCCAUAAAGGCCCAGACGUUUGAGUUCCAAAUUCAGGCCAGCCCUGUGACUGACUGUGCCUGGCAGCAAUGGGGUGUCAAGGAAGCCCGAGAUGCACUCAUCGCCGCAGGCGGACAAUCCAAUCUUGCCACCGAGGAAUGGGUACAAAACCAUUAUCGGUGGAUCGUAUGGAAAUUGGCUGCAAUGGUCCGAUCAUGCCCGUCGCUGCUUGAAGCUUAUUGGAACCCCAAGAAAGUUGUUGAGCAGAUGCGCUACAGAUAUGAACGGGAGAUUAAUCGCGCCCAGCGCUCCGCUGUCAAGUUAAUAAUCGAACGCGACAAUGCACCUAGCCGUUUUCUGGUGCUGUGUGUUGCUGAUGUUGCGAGACGGUUUUCAAGGAACAACGCUGCGGAUCCUACCGGGCAAAUUGAUGCAGAAUCAAAUAGUUGGGCAUUAGAGUUGACUGAUGGAUGGUAUCAAAUCAAGGCGGCUGUUGACGCCCCUUUGGAACGCCAGAUCAAAAAGGGUAACAUCGCGGUUGGCAGCAAGCUGCGCAUAUGCGGGGCACAGUUGUUAGGUCCACCUGAGCCGUGUCCCGUCCUGGAGGCCACAGAUAACACCCAGUUGCGGCUGUCUGCUAAUGGCACUAGACGUGCAUAUUGGGAUGCUCGCUUAGGUUAUCAGCGCGCUCCCAGCUUCACACUAGGUUUGCGUCAGGUGAUGGCGGACGGUGGUCCAAUUCCAUGUAUCGACGUCGUCUUGUGCCGUCGAUAUGCUGUGCGACAUUACGAGAAAGUCGAAGGCGGCAGUGGCAUUGUUCGGACGGAAAAGGAAGAAGAGGAGGCUGCUAGGAACUGGCAGAAUAGUUAUAUGCUGAUGUAUCAAAAGCUUGCCGCCGAAUACGAAAGGGGGCUCGACAAACCCAUCACGCGUCCUGCAAGCGACCGCUUUACCAAGCGGCAACGGACAUCUGCAGUGGGUCCUUCUGAAGAGCCGGAUGGAGAACAACUGUACCAGGACAUGCAACUUGCAGAUGAUCCAAUGGCGUUUGCUGCGCAGCUAGAUUUUAAGCAGCAAGAAGCAUUAAGGCAGUCUAUGUGCGAAGCAUGGGAGCGAGAGCAAGCGGAAGUCAUGGAAGAGAUACGUGAUCGAAUUGAGACGGCGGCGCCGCCACGAAAUGUCACCCACUUUAUAUCCUUCCGCGUUUGUGACUAUCCUCCGAGAGAUGUUUCGGUUGAUAGGACCCGCGAGGCCAUGCUGACUAUUUGGAGUCCCGACGAAGCUCUGAUGGGUCGACUACAGGAGGGGAAAAGAUUUAAGAUCUAUAACUUAAUCGUCAAAGAGAACACCCGAGAUGCUCGCUGCCGUCUAUACCUGAAAGCACAACGCAACACAGUAUAUGUUGAGCGUCCUGUAUCUCAAGAUCGGCUGGAUGCAACCAUGUAUCGCGAGCGCCGAUUAUUGCGAUGUGGAGAACUUUAUGGAUGUCAACAGGACGAGGAGGUAGAUCUUGUAGUCAUAAUCCUGGAUGUAGGAGAACUUUUUGAACAUGCAGUAAUGAACGGGCCAACGCGUUAUUUCAGGAACCUGCUCUGUGCCGACAGAUCGAACUCUGUCGUCGUGAUUCAAUUAUACUCUAAAGCUCGGUCGGCUCUUAAUUUCUUGCCGAACGAUACGCUUUGCUGCCGGAACCUAGAAUACAUUUGCUACGACUCAGGAUUUGGCCUGCAUAAGCUGAAAGCUUCCAGCAACGCGGAAAUAAGGCACGCUCCUCGAGGACAUCAGGAGCGUGAGGCAAAGCAAGUGCUGGAGACCUGGAGGAAGUGUGAUGAGAAAGAGAUACAACGACUGAGAGAAUCGAAAUGCAAUGUCCUCCAUCGGAAUGUGAUAUAUAGCGGAGCCUUCUAUCAGAAGGCAUAUAGAGUACCCAAUCCGACAGGUUUUGAUACCAGCGUCAUGAAGAUAUCAAAGCCUAUGCCCCCACCUCAGUCUUACCACCUCGUGGAGGCCACGGGCAAUGGUGCCGCACAUUGUGUCGAAUCUGGCAGUACUAGCCCCGCAGAGCAAACUGUGUUUGUCAAUGGAAAUGUUCUGCCUUUUGUCCGGAUAGGCGUUCAGUUGCAGAGGGACAAGUAUGGGACAACCAGGACGAUACUAGCCCUGAGCGAUGAGCCACAAAUCGUAAAGGAAGUAGAGGCAGCGAAAGUCGUACGGGACGCAAUGCGUGAUAGCACAUUGGCAACUGGCAUGGGAUCCGUUCUCCUGCACAUCGACGACAGCUCGUGUGUCCGUAUCUGUGUCCUGCCAUCGAAGUUAUUCGUGAAGCUUGUCCAAUUGGUUACUCAGGCACAGGGAGAAAGUGAGAAAUCGCUUUUUCUGGAUCUGCUCCAUGCUACACCUGCUGAACUGCAGCAAAUGCCUUGGGGAAAUGUACUCAUGCAUCGCUUGAGGGCAGCGCGACUACGAGCAGCGGAAUCUCAAGGCCACGAUACUAGUGGAACAGAACCAGUAUCUCUGCUCCUCCGUUUACUGUCAUCCGCGACUGUAUUGGCGGAAGCCGACUUCCGGAGUCGAUUCCAGCAAUGGUGCCCAAAUAUGCAGCCCGAUGUACAAGAGUUUAUAAAUCCCGAACUUGUCUUGGCAUCAACCCUCGAUGCGUUCGUGGAAGAGAGUCUUUACGGAAAUGCAUUGCGCGAAACGCAGAGCGCUCGACAAGUCAAUAUGAUUUUCCAUUCCAAGGAGUGGGAAAGCGUUGCAAACAAAUUAUCCGCGAUGCUAUCUGGUCCUAUUUUGCGGUUCGCCCUCAGUCGGACGGCAUUGGCCAUGCCGGAAUAUGCGGUUACAGAUGUAGAGCUUGAGACUGACUCAUAUGAGAGAGCCAGAUUUCUCAUCGAUAUGCUCUCCUGA